UUGAGUUGAGAGAGCGGAGAGGCUGAGAGAGAUGCUUUGCUACUUUAUAUAAUCAAAGGAAAAAGGAACUGCUUAACUGUUUUAAAGCUAUAUACCGGGGAUUUUAAAAAGCAAACCUUUUUUCAAAUUAGCAAUUGUGAAACCACUGGGAUUCCUUUUUUUUCUCAGAAAGAUAUUAUAGAAAGGCUUAAUCUGCAGGAUUAACAAGGAUUUAUUUAACAGAAUCUCAACUAAACAAAACCAGCAAAACUUGAAGAGGACAACUAGACCCCAUACCACACAGUUACCAUGAGUAUGACUAGCACCCUAGAGAAAGAAGCUCACCACCAUGCUCUUGACCUCUCUGAGGAGCUCCCAUCAAGCCACCAUUUCCAGCACAGCGGCUCCACAGCCUCCACACCUGCAGUUGGAACUCCCAUCAGUGGCUCCGAUUUGGUGGUGCCUCCACCAUAUUCUGCACCAGGGGCUGGAGUUGGUGAGGCUCCCCUUGAGCUCAGGGGCUCUCUGGACUGUUGGGCUUGUUCAGUACUCGUAACAGCUCAGAACCUGGUGAUAGCCACGAUUAAUGUUUGUCUGGCUGCUCUGGUAUUUGGCCUGAUCCUCACUCCUGUUAUAGUCAUGGUGGUGUUUGGAUUUCUUUGCCACUCCACUGUGAGUCCACAUGGUACAUCACCCUACUGUUCCGAACUGCUGAGUGAUGGAGGCUGUGUAGCUUUGUUAAUCGUGGGCUUCCUGCUCGUCACCCCACUGCUCGUACUGGCAUUGGCUGCCUAUUGCAGAUUGGCUCGUCACCUGCAACUCAGCCUCUGUUUCAUCCCUUACAGUCGUGCUGUUUACAAAAACCUGCCUGCUACAUACCACCAUGGCCUGGGAGGAGGCUGCUGUGGACAAGAUGAUGGUCAAGACAGAAAGAAGGGAAAAGUAUGGGUAUGACUGUGGAACUCAGUGAUGGGUCUCAGCAAAUUUGUCAUUUGCAAUAUGUUUAAAAAAACACA